AUGGAUUGGGAGAUGACGUAUGGAUCUGAUUUCUCCAUGAGUCUGGAAGAAUCUGAUACUUCUGCAUCAUCUUAUCAUCCAUUAGAAUGUCAAUUAAUGAUUGAUUAUAUAAAAAUUGGUGGGAAUAUAGAACUAGCACCUUAUAUAACAUGGAGAGAUACCUUUGAAUCUUGUGAAUCCAUUUAUAAAACAUUUGGUGAUAUGAAGAGAAUCAUAGGAAUCAAACCUGAAUUAGAAGAAAAUUUACAUGCUUUUUUAAAGAAUAACAGAUUAACUUAUAUUCUUGAUAAAGUUAUCCUUGGAAGUUUGCAACUUUUAGAAAUGACUUCUAAUUUAUUUGUAUUUAAUAAAUUUCAAAACAUGAGUUCAUUAGUUGAAUGUAUUUUUGAAUUUUCUCAAUUAUAUGCUAUACAGAUCAAUGAUCAUUUGAUUGUUAGUUUAUUAGUUGUCUUGGAAGGUUAUCGACGUUUAGAAAAUCGAUAUUUUAUAAAUCAAGAGCUGCAGAUAUUAGAAAAGAAACCUCGAGGGUUGAAUAAAAUCAUAUUGGUGAUUUUAUCUCAUACAUAUCCAACAUUAAUAUUAUUCAAGUUUUUGCAACAACAAUUAAUCAAUGAAGAUUCAGAUCCUCGACGGGUCUCUCAAUUGCUUAAAGAUUAUAGUGUUUUAAUGAUUAAUUUAAGAACUAAAGUAGAAAAUGAUUAUGAUGAUGUCUCGGAACUAGAUGAAAUUAAAUAUCAAGUUGAAACCAUGAUUGCUUAUGUUUUAAGAUCUUCGUAUCAUAGGAAUAAUUGGUAUAUUUUUCAACAGAUUCAAGCUGAUUUUAACGCUAUGUUUCAUGCAAAUGAUGAUUCAGGAUUUACCACUCCUGCGUUUAAUUCUGAUUUAGAUCCACAACAAGAACAAGAACAAGUUGCUCCUUGGUUACGUGAUGUUUUUGUAUUACCACCAGAUGAAUUGGUUCAUGCUGAAGAGGAAGUAGAGAAACAAUCUCCAUCAUUGGAAGAUAAAUUAGAUACUGAUCAUCUUCGAGUACAUCGAGUCAGUCCAAUUCUCAAUAAAUUCAAAACUAAAAUAUCCAAAUUGUUCAUUAGACAUCAUAAUCAUCAACAUGCUAAGUAA